UCUGACCCGCCGGCUUGGCUGAAGACCGCUCCGCUGAAUCCCUCCUGCCCUGACCCGCCGGCUUGGCCGAACGGCGCUCCGCUGAAACCCUCCUGCUCGGACCCGCCGGUGUGGCCGAACGGCGCUCCGCUGAAUCCCUCCUGCUCGGACCCGCCGGCUUGGCCGAACGGCGCUUCGCCCAAACGCUGCUCCUGCUCGGACCCGCCGGCUUGGCUGAACGGCGCUCCGCUGAAUCCCUCCUGUUCUGACCCGCCGGCUUGGCUGACCGGCGCUCCGCUGAAUCCCUCCUGCCCUGACCCGCCGGCUUGGCUGAACGGCGCUCCGCUGAAUCCCUCCUGCCCUGACCCGCCGGCUUGCCCGAACGGCGCUCCGCUGAAUCCCUCCUGCUCUGACCCGCCGGCGUGGCUGAACGGCGCUCCGCUGCAACCCUCCUGCUCGGACCCGCCGGCGUGGCUGAACGGCGCUCCGCUGAAUCCCUCCUGUUCUGACCCGCCGGCUUGGCUGACCGGCGCUCCGCUGAAUCCCUCCUGCCCUGACCCGCCGGCUUGGCUGAACGGCGCUCCGCUGAAUCCCUCCUGCCCUGACCCGCCGGCUUGGCUGAACGGCGCUCCGCUGAAACGCUGCUCCUGCUCUGACCCGCCGGCGUGGCUGAACGGCGCUCCGCUGCAACCCUCCUGCUCGGACCCGCCGGCUUGGCCGAACGGCGCUCCGCUGAAAGCUGCCUGCUCGGACCCACCGGCUUGGCCGGCCCUGCUUUCCGGCUGGCUGGCUUGA